CGCGCUAAACCUGAAUCGUUAGAAUCGCGCAGAGAAAUGAUGCGCUGUUUGAUAACCCAUUUCGUUCAUCGAACCGUGUGUUUGACUUACUGAUUUAUAUUGGUGGCCAACGCGACAUGCGAAUUGGAAACCGGAUUAUUGGCAGAAGAGCCGGUUGCUGGAAGUUUUUCCGAAAAUUUACCUCGGUGAUAGAAUAUAUCGCGCCCGCCGAUUUGCCACAAGGUCAGUGCUCAUCGAUGUUCGGCCGUAGACGGUCUGAUCUCACAGCUAGCUCUCUGUAAACUAGUGUUAUACUAUUUGAACCUGGACUUGAAUCGACCCACUUAUCUUAAGGCAACAUAAUUUCUACCACAGUCAACCACAAACGAAAAUGAAGUCUAUUGCUUUGAUUGUUUUCUUCCUCCGUGCUGUAUCGCUCACAUACGAACAACAGCUGACGACGUACUAUUUCCAAAACUACUACUGCAGUCCGUCCUUGUGCCAGGGUGCUGGUCCCCAUGUGGCAUGUAACCCUCCGAAUCCCUUCGGAAACAGUUGCUACGGAAAGCAACCUCAGGUGGUGGCCAUGACGGCUGAACGGCGAGCACAGAUUUUAGACCUUCACAACCGACAGCGAUCGCUGCUGGCCAGCGGACGGUUACCGGGUUAUUAUCCGGCUGCCAAAAUGCCCACUUUGCAGUGGGAUCUGGAGCUUCAAUAUCUGGCCGAAGCUAACGCGCGAUCCUGCAAUUACGGUCACGAUAAAUGCCGUAACACAAAUUGGAGCAAAUACGUGGGACAGAACAUCGGAGUAUUGAGGUUCUACGGUCUGUCAAUUUCCAAGGGGGAAUCGAUCAAGUACUUCAUUGACGCGUGGUUCAACGAAUAUAUUUAUGCCCAACCGUAUGUGGAUAGUUAUCCCCAAUACUACAAUGGACCUCAAAUUGGACACUUUACACAGAUUAUUAGUGAUCGUACGGUCAAAAUUGGCUGUGGAUUGGUCACGUUCAGCACGUACGGUGGCGACCUAUGGACACACGACUAUUUCGUGUGCAACUACUCGUUCACAAACAUAAUCGGGCAGCCGGCCUAUACCAAAGGAGUUUCAGCUUCGCAAUGUACGACGGGACAAAGUCUUACCUAUCCGGGGUUGUGCAACUGAUCAAGAACCAUCUUGCGAUGAAAAAUUGUGCAAAGGAUUUUUUUUUAUUUCCAAAAUAUCACGAAUAACGCGAAUCAUUCACAAUCUAAGAGUGAACUCAAAAACCAAAUGUCUUAUCGGUAACAAAGCACUAUUUCGAA